AUGGGUGCGCCGGCGUACAGCGCCGUGCUGCUCUUAUACCUUGCGCUGGUCGUGGGCGUCGCUACCGCGGAUGGGGCUCGGCCGGUCGAACGCACAAUUCCUUCCGCCGCUGGCUGUGACGGAGGAGUAACCGCGGUCGUCAACAGGUUCGGGGCGAGGGUCAACUCCAACUCGGUGCUGGUGGCGCUGCUGAACUCGCAGUGCACGGAGCUGGUGGAGAAGACGCUGAUGCUGCUGACGCUGGAGGGCGCCAGGAGCUGCAACAACAUCACCAUCUUUGCGCCGUGGAAUGACGUGUUUGUGCGGGACCUUGAGCGCUUCCUCCUUGAGCUCCGGAAUCUCAGGUCGCUACAGUCGCUGUUCCUCUUCCACGUCCUUCCCGCCCAACACCCCGCCGGGUCCUGGUCCGCUGCGUCCCACCACACGCUCUUCGGCGAGGAGGUCAAGCUCACUGCCGGGGCCGACGGCACCAUGCGCGUCGCCCACGCCGCCGUCACACUUCAGAACACCGUGCACAGGCCCGAAGGCGCCAUCCACGGCACCGAGCGCCUCCUCGUACCCCGCACCGUGCCGUUCAACCGCCACUCUAGCCUCGUCGCAAUCUCCAAUUUGCUUUAG